CGCGCGCGCUGGCCUGGAGGCCGAGCUGGCGGCCCCUCUGGCGGCCGACCUGGCCCGGCAGGCGCUGCGCGGCCAAGAUGGCGGCGCCCGGCGAGCCGCGCCGCUCGUAUCGCGGGAGCCUCUUCUCCUUCCUGCCGGGCGGCGCGCGCUCCGAGGCGAUGGACGACCUGGUGACAGACGCGCGGGGCCGGGGCGCGGGGCGGCCAGCGCAGGCGGCGGCCGCGGAGCCUCAGGGCGGUGAGAGCGCCGGCCAGAAGCGACCCUGCCGGGCCUGCGUGGACUUCAAGACGUGGAUGCGCUCGCAGCAGAAGCGGGACACCAAGAUUAGGGAGGAUUGCCCGCCGGAUCGGGAGGAGCUGGGUCGUCACAGCUGGGCAGUCCUGCACACCCUGGCCGCUUACUACCCCGACCUGCCCACUCCGGAACAGCAGCAAGACAUGGCCCAGUUCAUUCACUUGUUUUCCAAAUUUUUCCCAUGUGAGGAGUGUGCCGAAGACAUAAGGAAGAGGAUAUGCAGGAACCAGCCAGACACCCGCACCCGAACCAGCUUCUCGCAGUGGCUGUGCCGCCUGCACAAUGAGGUGAACCACAAGCUGGGCAAGCCAGAGUUUGACUGCUCACUCGUGGAUGAACGCUGGCGUGAUGGCUGGAAGGACGGCUCCUGCGGCUAGAGGCCAGCCGGUGGGCACCACGGCGUGGCCCAGCUGGAGAGGGCAGGGCGCUCAUUAAAGUGCAUCAGUGCUGCAGCCUGUCCUGUCUCGGUUGGGUGGUUCCAGGAUGGCUCGCAGAAGCAGAGGUGUCCCCAGGUUCUUCAGCAGCCUUCUGAGCGGAGACCCAGGGGCUGCAGGUGAGGGGCCACAGGAAGCAGCCUGAGUUGUCUGGAGUGGCUGUGUCUACCUAGUAUCCUGUUGCCCCUAGCAAGAUGGGCUCGCUGGGCUCCCUGCUUCUUCCUCUCCCUGUGCAAUGCCUGUGGCUCUGAGGAAAGCAGUGUGGGAUCCUCUGUUAGCAUUGGUCCGCGCGGGGAAGUCUCGGGUGGGGUUCUUCUCUGAGGGUUGCUGCCAUGCUACCAUCCCACCAGGUCGGAUACCAGAUUCAGUUUGGGACCAAAAUAAAGUGCUGGAGAAGU